ACACAAAGAACUGAAAGGCAUUUAUCCCCAAGGGAAGCAGCUAUUUUAGAUGUGACUAAGAAGUCAGCUAAUAUUUUUCAACAUUCCUUUCUGUUCUUUGUUUUUAAAGAAAGUUCUGGUUUUGUUUCAUUUUCAGCGGGAGACUUAAAUGACACCAAGCAAAGCCUACUUAGUUUAGAUUUCCAGAAGUUUGUUGGUGAAAAAAAAAUCAAACAUGAAACAUGCAGUUUUGUUUUGUCUCAUUCUGCUUAUCAUUUUCCAAACUGAGUGUGAACAAAGUACUACGAAGCAAAGGAGGAGGGUAUAUCAGAGAAGACUCAGGAAGAGUUCCUCACUCCACCACAGAGCAAAGGGGCAGCUUGAAAUUCAACAGACAACUGUGGCACCAGAAACAAGGCUACCCACUGUGAACUUGGAUUACAGUGUGGAGGAAAACUUAGAAUCCCUUCUAAGUUCUCUUGGAGUAGAAUCAAGUUACAACGUGUUACCAGGAAAGAAAGGACACUGCUUUGUAAAGGGCAUGAUCAUGUACAACAAAGCCAUCUGGUCUCCUGAGCCCUGCAGCACCUGCCUCUGCUCAAAUGGAAGGGUACUUUGUGAUGAAACUGUGUGCCACCCCAAGACGUGUGUCUAUACCAUUAAACCAGAAGGAGAAUGCUGCCCUAUCUGCUCUAAUGAUGAACAAGGAGAAUCCAUUAACAUAUUUCACAAGCAAGUGCCACGUCCUCAGACAGAAAUGGAUCAAGUAGUCAUAAAAGAAGCUCGUCAAUCUGAGGAGGAUAAAGGAGAAAUUCAAGAACAUAUGGAACACAAGAAAGAAAUCUCUGGGCCUACUAAACUUCACAGCGAUGAGGAAAGAGCAGCAGGAAAGCUGAGGCCUGAGGAGGAAGGGCGGUCAGCACAUCAGCCACUCGACCAUGGACAAGGGGAGGAAGAGGAGAGUGAGGAGACUGAGAUGGAAGGAGAGAAGGAAGAGGAAGAGGAGGAUGCCCUAAGAGGAGAUGUGUUCCAAAUGCCCUCCAGGGUAAUACCUGGUAUCCCAAGAGGCAGGCCACGCCUGCCUGGAAGCUGUGCCCUUUCCUACAGGACCAUCAGCUGCAUUCACGCAGCCCUUACCCAGAUCCCACCAAUAACAGCUCCAGAAGUAACAAGUCUAGAGCUGGCUGGGAAUUCAAUCAUUUCCAUUCCGGAUGAAGCAUUUAAUGGAUUACCAAAUUUGGAAAGGCUUGAUCUGAGCAGAAAUAAUAUCACUUCUUCAGGCAUAGGUCCAAAAGCAUUCAAGUUUUUGAAGAAGUUAAUGCGUCUGAACAUGGAUGGAAAUAAUUUAGUACAUAUUCCUUCAGAAUUACCAUCUACACUAGAAGAACUUAAAAUAAAUGACAACAAUCUCCAGACUAUCGAUGAAGAAAGUUUAUCAGACUUAAACCAACUUGUCACCUUAGAAUUGGAAGGAAACAAUCUCAGUGAAAUCAAUGUCAAUCCUUUAGCUUUCAAAUCUUUGAAGAGCCUAUCAUAUCUACGUCUGGGAAAAAACAAAUUUAGAAUCAUACCACAAGGUCUUCCUGCUUCUAUUGAGGAAUUAUACCUAGAAAAUAAUCAAAUUGAAGAAAUAACUGAAAUUUGUUUCAAUCAUACCAGAAAGAUCAAUAUGAUUGUACUACGUUAUAAUAAAAUAGAAGAAAGUCGGAUUGCUCCUUUAGCAUGGAUAAAUCAAGAAAAUCUUGAAUCCAUUGACCUGUCCUAUAACAAGCUUUACCAUGUCCCCUCCUAUCUACCUAAGCCUCUGCUGCACCUUGUACUAAUUGGGAACCAGAUUGAACGGAUCCCUGGCUAUGUGUUUGGCCAUAUGGAACCAGGCCUGGAGUAUUUGUACCUGUCAUUUAAUAGACUUGCGGAUGAUGGUGUGGACCUAGUCUCAUUCUAUGGGGCAUAUCAUUCUCUGAGAGAAUUAUUUCUGGAUCACAAUGACUUAAAAUCCAUACCACCUGGAAUACCAGAAAUGAAAGCACUGCAUUUUCUGAGGCUGAACAACAAUAAGAUUCGGAAUAUUCUUCCUGAACAAAUCUGUAAUGUUGAAGAAGAUGAGGACUCUGCUCUAGAACAUCUUCAUCUUGAAAACAAUUAUAUUAGACCUAGAGAAAUAUCAUCCUAUGCAUUUUCAUGCAUAAGACUGUAUUCAAGUAUUGUUCUUAAGCCACAAAACAUCAAGUAAUCUCAAGUUUUCUUUUGCCACUUAUAAAUUUUACUCAUGCAUUGA